AGGAUGUCGAAACUUGCCUUCAACUGGUUUCAAAGCAACUGCGUCUUGGAUGGAUAGCGAUGACCCUGGACAUGAAAAGGGAUCCAGAAUGAUCAAGAAAUAAGGACUGGAUACCUGCCUGAAAAAAUGGCAAACUCAUCAAUCUUAUUGGGGGGAACUCUUCGAGUCGGGAAUGUCAUAAGACUGCCUACAUGUCAGUGUCAUUUCGUUUCGGUUGAUGGUGAAACUAGGAGCCAUCCUGAAUCGGAAAAAAGGAUCUGAUUUUUUCUGAGUUUGACUUUUCGAUGAUAUUGCUGCUGGAUGGUGGUAUUUGGUGGGAUAUAUUCAUUGAGUCUGUUGUGUUGAUGUGUGGAUCAGGAAUACGCAUAUGACCUUGUCUGCAUUUCCAAUGACAUUGUGUUGGGAUAUUACGCUGUUUUGAAGGGUUAGUGAUCACCAGCUGUGAGUUGUGUGCUUGAGGACAUAAGUAACAGCAACAUGGAGGUGAUGAAGUCAUAUGAGGGGAACACCUCCAAAAAGACCACUAUGCAUACCCGAAAAGUUAUGGAGGCAGAAAUGGUGAAAAAAUAUGCAAUUUCACCCAGAAUACAAGAAAUUAUAGAAAGGAGUAAAAGACGAACUCUAGAUCCAGCUGUCCUACGUUGUUUAGAAUCUGAGUUUGAUAUCCAUGAGAGCAAUGACACACUAACAAGACAACAGGCAACCACUUCUCCACCGAUAUCCUCUCCUGGUUCAAAGGGAAUCAUGUCCAAUCUCAGAGAUAUGAUCAACAGGGGCCAGGACCAGGUUGUUGAAAACCACAUGGCUCUGGACCUGACCUACAUCACCGAGAGGAUCAUUUCUAUGUCCUUCAUUGCUGAAGGUCAUGACACAACAUACCGCGCCAACCUCAAAGAGGUCAUACAGAUGUUGAUGGCUAGACAUGGUGACAACUCACUGAUCCUGAACAUCUCUGAGAAGCGCCAGGACCUGGCCCGCCUCCAUGCCAGGGUGCGGGACUGUGGCUGGCCGGACCAUGUUGCCCCUCCCCUUGAGCGCCUCUGCAGUAUAUGCAAGUCUAUCGACUCUUGGCUCAACUCGGACCCCAUGCAUGUUGUGGUCAUUCACUGUAAGGGUGGCAAAGGGCGGAUGGCAAACGUCAUUGCAGCCUACAUGCACUACAGCAACAUCUGCGCCAGUGCUGACCAGGCACUUGAUAGAUUUGCAAUGAAGAGAUUCUACGAUGAUAAACUGGGCGGCCUCCCUCAACCCUCACAGAGGAGGUAUGUACACUACUUCGCAGGAUUACUAUCAGGCGCUAUCAAGAUCAACAGUAAUGCCCUCUACCUGCAUCACAUCUUGAUCCACGGCGUCCCCAACUUUGACACCAGUGGUGGGUGUCGGCCAUACAUCAAGGUGUACCAGGGCAUGCAGCCCAUCUUCACAUCAGGAGUAUACAAUGUGACAGACAACAUGCAGAAGGUAUGCAUCUCGAUAUCCCCUGGCAUCCCACUGCGAGGUGACAUCCUGAUGAAGUGCUACCACAAGAAGACCCGCACAGGACAGCGCGAGAUGAUCUGGAGGUGUCAGUUCCACACCUGUGCUAUCUCCGACUACAACCUUGUCUUCACCAAGCAGGAGCUGGACGAUGCAAUCAAUGAUCCACGGUUCCCUGAUUCAGGAAAAGUAGAAUUUGUGUUUGGUCCACGGUCUGAUGGUUUGGUUUCAGUCUCAGGGUUUAAAUCUGAUGUGACAGUACCAGUGGACGACGGAGAAGACAACCUAAUCCGUUCGGACAGCUACGAGAACUUCCGGAAGGUCAUCGAUGACACUGAUAUUAAUGAAAACGGAAUACCACCCGAAGGAAUAAGCAAAGUUCGUGUGUCAAAGGUCGAGCACGAGCAGGGCCCAAUAGAUGGAAGUUUGUAUGCCACGGUAAACAAGAAACGAAUCGAGAACCAAUCCACCUCAUCAUCCGUGCUUCAUAAUGGACCCAUGCAAAAUGGUUCCCUGACCUCCAGCCUCGACUCUGGUAUUUCCACAUCCUCUGAUCUCCAUGCUACAACUGUCAGUCAAAGCCACCAAAGCCAUUCGCAGUACAACUCGAAUGUGAACGAAGUGAUUUCACCAAGUUACAGGUCUAGUGUCCAAUCUUCUAAGACAAAUUACGGAUCAAGCACAAUGCCCAAACAAACAGUGAAAGCAUUAGAUGAGCGUACACAGCUAGAUGAACUAUUAAGUGACCUGUUACAGGAUCAGGUAUUUGUAUCCUCCAGUCCAACAAGUCCGAAAGAUGCCAGUGCUUCAACCAUUACCACAACAACACGAACAUUCACUACAUAUAACACGAUAGACUCUAAUCAGCGAAGUCCAAAUCAGAAUGUUUCUAUUCAGAGAGCGGAAGUGACGUACAAAGUUCCUGGAGCCAAGGAAGAAAAACACCAUUACACGAUCACAGCUGGCGGUGAACAGGACCUUCGCAAACCUGGGGUUCCUAAAAAUGCAUUUUCAUACACUGCUACCUCCCCAACAAUUGAGGGGAAAACUGUGCAACCUUUAGAAAAAGAACUAAUCCGAAAUGCGGAAAAUAUGCCCAGAAUGCAAAGUCCUCCUGGACGUGUUCAUACUCUGCCAUACAGGACUGAUUAUGAAAAUAAAUACAAUGAAUAUUCCUAUCACACGUUAGAUGGUUCCAGUUUGCAGCAGCGAGAGGUUGAUAAUGCAUCAUGGUUGCAGCAGCAGCAAGAGAAGCUCAGGGCAAAGAAAGAAGUUCGGUCUCCUCAAGAGAGGCAACUUGUGUCCGAGCUGCGUUCUGCCCAGAACAAAUACUAUACACGACGCACACAGAAUGAAGCGGAGGAACAAGCUGUGAUGGAAACUUACAAAACACCUGUAGCAAAUGGGCCAGUUUCACCUACAAAUGUCCAAUCGUACAACCCCCCUCAGCGAAGUCAGAGCCACGAUGGUUUCUGGUCAAAUGACACUCAACCAUACAAUAUGCGUCAGCAGAUGUCACCAACAGACAACCAUUUCAACACAUACUCUCAGGCUUACUCAGAAUCACGACAGUCUUACAACCGUAGCGUAUCUAACAAACCACCCCCCUCCCCAACGCUUCAGAGGUCUAUGAUUUCAGCACCCCCUGUGACCCCUCCAGUUCGAACCAGUAGCAAGGAGUUUAUGCGAUCUCGAUCCAACAGUAGCAGCAGCUGGCAACCCCAACAGCAGCGUCCUCUUCAACGUCAGGCGUCAGAGACACUCUAUGACCGGGACUUUGCACCUCAAUCAAUCCCUCGUUCAUACAGUGCCAGUCAUUCACCAAGAGCACUGUCACCAGAAGAGCAGGGUCUUCAGCAGGCAUCCUUCACGACAUACCGCACCAUCAAGCACAUACACCAGGAUGAUGACAGUAUGACCCGGCAGCAGCAGCCUCCAGUUCAGAUGGCGCCAGAGCCUGUGGCACCUCAAACACAACAACAUUAUGUAACGGAAGUCUUUGUCCAUCGGGGACCAAGUGCAGUUAGCCAGACACAAGAGAAAGUAUCCAAGGACAAGACUGAUGGCAUCAGUACAGCAACCCGCCUGGAGGAACUGGAACGGUCCCUCAUGGCCGCUGAAGAGUCCAUCAAGGCAUCGGUGCCACAGCAGUUCUCACAGCAGAAACAGGAAGAGGUAUUUUUACGGCAUGAGACGCGACAGGUGGAAUCCCACAGCAGCGUGAGUAAUCAGAGCAGCUACACCAGCAACACCACGACGUCCCGCAGCAUGCUGCCCCGGAGUGCAUCCCCUGUCUGGGAUAAUGUUAAUAUCUAUAGCCAGAUCCAGAGGCCGGAACAAGGACCACCUCCAAAACAGAUCCGCGAGGUGGAAGAGGACCGGAUCAUGCUCCGUCCCAUAGGGCCAGGAGUGCAGACUCUGGAGCCAGAGAGCCACAUGGGAACUCUGGGACGCCCCACCACACCCGGCUUUCCAACAUCGCCAGUUACCCCUCCAUUCCCAGUUUCACCAAGGACUCCUUAUUCAAAUUCAGGUGGCCUUGUCAGCCCAACUGGAACUUUGAGCCAUCAGCAGAUGCAGCAUACAAUGACCCAGCAACAUCAGCAACAACAGCAGCAGCAACAGUUGCAACAACAGCAGCAACAGUUCCAGCAGCAGCAACAACAACAACAGGUUCAACAGCAGCAUUUUCAAAAUGUGCAAACUCAGCAGUAUCAGCAACACCAACAGUUCACAAACAACAGUGAUGGGACUCUGAAGAUUGAUACCAGUCCACACAUGCUUAUCUCCCCUCGUAGCCCCUCUUCAGCUGGGAGCCCCCCUUCCCCCAACAGCAGCCUCAACACCCUGCGUCAGCAGCUGAGUGCCGCGCACAACAUGUCUACUGGCGCCCUCUCCCCAGGCCCCCACUCCAUGACCGGACAAAGCUCCCCCAGCGUGUACUUCGGCAUGUCACGGCGAGGCAGUCUGUCCUCUCUCGCAGAUGUUGACAUGGUAAAUAACACUGCCAGAUUUGUGAAAGACACCUCAAAGUACUGGUACAAGCCCAACAUCACCAGAGAAGAAGCUAUUGUCCUACUGAAGGACAAACAACCAGGAACAUUUGUGAUCCGUGACAGCAAUUCCUUCCCAGGAGCCUUUGGCCUGGCGCUGAAGGUGGCCACGGUCCCUCCCAACGUCCAGACCAAGACGUCGGGCGACCCUCUAGCUGACCUAGUGAGGCACUUCCUCAUUGAACCUACACCUAAAGGUGUUCGACUGCGUGGAUGCAGCAAUGAGCCAGUCUUUGGUAGCCUAGCAGCCCUAGUGUACCAACACUCCAUCACCCCUCUGGCUCUGCCCUGUAAACUCAAUCUACCAGAUGCAGAUUACCUGGGCGAGGUGCAGAGUGCUGAAAGUCCUCGCAGCACAGAAAUGCCAAGUUCAGCGGCUGCUCUGUUGGCACAGGGUGCAGCAUGCAAUGUGAUCUUCAUCAACUCUGUGGACAUGGAAUCUCUGACUGGACCACAAGCCAUAGCUCGGGCUCUCAAGGUCACCCUGGAAUCUAACCCAAACCCUGUCACCACAGCUGUGCACUUCAAGGUGUCCAAUCAGGGCAUCACGCUCACGGACAACAACAGGAAGUUGUUCUUCCGUCGUCACUACCCAGUUUCAGCUGUUACCUUCUGUGGCAUGGACCCAGAUAGCAGGAAGUGGAAGCGGGAAACAGAUGUAUCUGGGAUGCAAGUUGAAGCCAAGAUCUUUGGCUUUGUAGCCAGGAAACAGGGUGGAGUGUCUGACAAUUCAUGUCAUUUGUUCGCUGAGCUGGAUCCCGAACAACCCGCUUCAGCCAUCGUCAACUUUGUAACGAAGAUCAUGAUUGGUCAAAGCAAGAUUAAGUCGUAGGAUCUGAUUGGACAACAGCUGGUUCCAAGAUUCUCUAGCACGAGCUGUGUACUAGCCUUGCUACUCGUCUUUCAUUGCCAUUGGAGGGAAAUUUAUUUGAUAUUACCAUCGCUUGGUUGUUACAUGACUGCUUUGUUAGGCUUGUGUAUUGAUGAGGAACAGGUUGUGCAAGGGCAAUUAGCACAUGGAGGAUGCAGAUUUGGUUGUGCAGGUGUUUCCACAUGCAGAUCUAUGUAAAGGGAACUUUAUUCAAAGAAUCUUUUUUGCUCUUGGUUUGUUUUUCCUACUUGCCAAAUUUUAACUCUUUUUGGUGUGAACAGAAAGUUAUGUGAAAAGGGUUAAGGAGAUUUUGGAGCAAGUAUGUAAUAUCCUGCUAAAACAUGCUGAAAUAUCAUGGCCCAAACCUUGCCGGAAGUGUUUAGAUUCAACCAUGAACCAAGGGGUCAUCAUGUGCUAUAUACUUGUUGGCAUAUUGUAUGGUGAGAUAUUCAUGUUGAAAUUGUGUAGAUAUUUUUCACACAUACUAGAAGUUGUUUAAAGUUUUUAACAAUUUGGGAACCCUUGCUGAUUUCGCUGUAACACCCCAGUUUGGCUAAUAUUGUUGUAUAUGAUCAAGCAUUUAAGCUUUUUAACCCUAAAAGUGCUAUUCUGUUAUGCAAGUAACAUGUAUGAAGGGUUAAACUCCCCAAAGAAACUGCCAAAGGGCAGAUAGCCGAUAAGGAACUGCCCUUCUCGAAAUUGUACAAAUAUAUUAUCCAUCCGUUGCCUUUUGUCAUUUAAAGUGCUAAAUGUCGGUUUAUUUACCUCGUAUAUAUAUUUGUACUGUAUGAUCAGUUUAACUUAAGCUCAUACGAGAAGUUUUGGCUAGGUAAUAUAUUUUGAAUCUUGUAAGUUAAAAAAAACAUUGUAGACUUGUGUUUGUUUGUUACUGGAUAUUCUACAUAUAGAUUAAGGCUAUGCCAGCUUCUUGUGUGAAUAAAUUCUCUGUAUAUUGUUGUCUCAUGUAGAAAGUGAAAUAUAUGUCAGUUGUUGUCAUGUAGAUACGGACAGAAGGUCAAGGACAACCACAAAAUGGGCAAACUGUUGUCCUUAUGUUUGAAAUGUAUGCUGAAAGUCUUAUAAUGAGUUUGACCUUAAUGUACCUCGUCUGCUAUGUCUCCACAAUGUAUUGGUGCUAUUAAACUCAUUCUAUGGGAGACACUCUUGAUGGACUGAAAUUGACAGGUAAGUGUGAAAUGACUACCAGGCAAUAACAAUGUAUACAGGUCAGUAACUGUGGCCGGACAUAUAUUUACUGUAGGCAUUUCUGUAGUGAAAUGGACUUGAUUUAUACAUUACAUUGAUAUUGUCUGUAAUGUACAGCCUCAUGUUAGGUGCUUGACUAGAUUCCUGUCUGUGUAUAAAUAUGUUCAUAUAUCGAUUGAGUGAUGCUAACGUGUAACACACUCAUGACCUUAACCUACAAUGAUGUGGCUACUACCCACAAUGCAAGAGCAAAACACUGACCCUGACCUUGAGGAGUGGGCUUAUUGUUCAUGGCAUUUCAUUCGAAUGGGAUAACUAGUUUGAAAUCAUUGUGGCCUUAUUCGUAAUGCAGGUCAAAGUUGAAAGGUCAUUUUACGUACACUACACCAUAUAGGCAGCCGAGCUUGCUUCUGUAAUAUAUUAUACAUACAUAUAUAUUUACGUAUGUUUCAAGGUUGUAGCAUUGCUUUAAAUGGAUUUCUUGUUACUGAUGAAUAUUUGCAUCUAGUGUAUUUAUGUAAUCGAUGGCACCGACUUCGUUGAAGUGCAAUGGUAUCAUCGAUCAUGUGACCACUCUUUGUGAUCACUUGAUCAUGAUUUUACGGUAGUGAGCCAUUUUAUGAUAUAGCUGUGUAUAGCUCUAUAUUAACUUAAUUGUUGUUGGUUCUUUAUAGCAUUGUGUUCUGAUGGCAUGGUUGAGUUAUUGUCCUGAGUUUACUGUAGCAGGAUUAUUUUAUUAGAGUUAUCAGUUGCAUGCCUCUCCACCUAGACAAACAUCGUUUCCAGUGCACUUUUGUGGGUAUUUCUUCAACUAAAUAUUCACAUCUUUGCCACACUCAAAACCACCACCUGUGACUUUGGGUUGGGUGAAUGUAAUUUUAACUCAGUUUGGAUCUGAUAUUUUGAGAUUAUGGUCAGAACAAAGUAUAGAUUGACGACUUUUAACCCCAAAGUUACUUUUUAUUUAAAGUUUGUAUCUUCUCUGUGCCAUGUAAUAGCGGUGAUGCCACAAGCUACCUGUUCAAAGUAAAUUACAUAUACACUACUACUUACUACAGUUAGAAGGCGUUUAUUUAUUCAACAAAAUUGUAGUUAUUCAUUAGUGGUUGGCAAGGGCAGACAAUGAUGCAGUCAGCAGAAUGUGGAAGCCAGUUAACUAGGUCAGUGUGACCUACUUCCUUGUGACUUGGUCACCAUGAAAGUUCUUAGGUAGUAGGGUCAGUGUGAUCAAUUUUUAGUGUGACCUGAUUCCAUGCCAUAAGGGUCAAGUUGAUUUAUUUCAUUGGAAGUUGGGUUAAAGUUACCUAGUUCUCUUGAUUUAGGUCAAUGUGACCUACUUCCAUGAUGAUGAAGGUUACAGAGAUAUUUAUUACAAUAUAGGUCAUAAUAGGGAUAGUGAAUUUUACUGACAUUUAUGAGUGGUGAGGGAAAUACUAUUGCAGUAGAUAUUUCCAUGUAAUGCUUCCCAAAUAUCGUGAUAAUAAUGGCAAACCAAAUUGUGGUUCAGACAUAAUAACAGAUCUGGGAAAUUGGGCAUAUCCAAUGUUGAGAAAAUCUAAAGAUGUUAUACAUAUACAGUACCUUUUUGAUCUUACAAACCACUGCAAUAGGUAUCUCAAAAACGUCUCCCAAUUUUGUGAAACAUACAAUAUUACAUAUUAGAUGUAUGAUAUAUAUAAUACGCAUGCGGCCAGACGACAAGGAUUUAAAUAUUUGUCAAUAAAACCACAAACAAGCUUCACUAAAGAUUGGGCAUCAGCUUUGUCCAAAGAACAAUCUUAUCAAUCUGUGUCAAAUCAGAAACUUGUAAAAUGAAUCUUGUUAAAGUUGCCAGUGAUUUCUGAAUUUUGAUGCAGUGAAGGCAACAGGAAUGAAGUGUACUGAAUGGUUGAGCCCAAUCUUUAGUUUCUGUCCCUCCAAGUGUUACCAAGGCUGAAGGAGGGCAGAAAGCUCACAGAGGCGGUCGCCAUGUUUGACCGACCCUCUAGUUGGCCAAGAAGUAUAAUGUAUGUAUGUACACAGUACUGCUAUCUUAAAAUAGCUUCGUAGUUGGAACUGAUGGAGUGUUUAUCUAUUCCGUUACUGCAUCGGAGAAGUGAUAUCACUAUGAAUAAAUCAUCUUUGUAUAAA